CCAACACAGGCUGAAAAGGCAGUAGUGGACUUGGCCAUCGAUCCCAGCUCCUGCGGGCCUGUCUCCAGCCUCACCCACCAGCAAUCUCUCCCCGGCCUCCUUCCUCUGGCCUCUGCUACUUGAGUGAGCGACUCCGUCUUGUCCCCGGCAGCGAGCGAGCGGCUUCGUCCAACGAGGCAAGGGCGAUUGAGGAUGGACAGACUGAACGCGAAGCUGUACCUGCAGAACUGCUUCAUCAUGAAGGAGAACGAGCGGCUGCGCAAGAAGGCGCUGCUGCUGAACCACGAGAACCAGGCCCUGCUCACCGAGCUCAAGCAGCGCAUCGCCAAAACGGCGGCGGCGGCGGCCACCAACAACGGCAACGCCAAGUCCAACGGGAAUGUGGCGGCGGCAGCUGGCAACCGCACGCCGAUCCCGGACCUCAAUGCGGCCGCUACAGGUCCAGGGGCGCACGGCGGCCACGAGAAGGCGGCGUCGCCCAAGCCAAAGAAGGCGGUCGCGAACUGAUGCGGCUUAGUUAGUUCUAGUCACGAGCUAUGAGUUUGUAGUUAUCAUUAAUUACCGGUUUACCUCUUCUGGAUGCAUGUCAAGAACGUCUGCUUACUUUUAGCUGAUGGCCUAAUGGAAUUGCAUCCAUAAUGAUGUGCUGCUUAGUCCUUCUGGAGGGAUAGCUAGAUCAGUUAUUAGGGGGGUAUAUAUAUGUAGUUGGGUGGGUCAUCGUGUGCUGUAUUUUUCUUCCCUGGAAUCUUUAGCACAAGUAGAGCUAUCUGCUGCAUGCUUGAUGAUGAUGUGCCAAUCGCCCAAUCUAUUGCAUGGUGGUACAAUCUUUUUACAUGAAAAACUCAGUGCAAUGUAGGUUGUCUAAGUGCUGUGCAAAAAUAUCAAAUAGAAUAGGACAAUCAUCAGGCUUGACAAUUCAGAAGGCUAAAUGUUCAUUUCA